AUGUUGCGGAAGCUGCUAUGUUUCUAUCAUGUGGAAGGCGGUGAUGGGAGGAAGCAUGUCGAUGGCCGGGGGCAGUGUCACGCGUUCCGCUGCGGCCAGAACGCCGGUGAUUAUGGGAAGGAUGUAUCAAGCUCUCGAACGGAGAGGGAAAUGCGGGUCAGCGCGGAGAAGGGACGGAGGGACUGCUCCUGCUCCUUGUGGUCCUCCUGCCUGGCUGGGCUGCUUCCGAGGGGAGGCGAAGGUGGAGAUGCAGCCGCGCAGACCGAGCGGCCUCGGAGAAGGAGGGGGAAGAGGCGGCAAGGGUGUUGUAUCGAGGGGAAGACGAAAAACAAAGCCUCCAGUGGUGAGAAUGGGGCCAUGCUGACAGAGGUGUCGCGAAACAGCACCCUCGUCGGGGGCGAUGAGCACGGCGUUCGGCGGUACAGUGAGAAAGAGAAGCAGUUGGGGGUGGAAGUUAGCCAAGUUCCGUCUUCACCGGCGACGCGAGCUCCGCCAAUUGCCUUCCAUUAUCCGAUCUGGAACGGGCAACGCACAUUCGAUCCGACCGUGGCCGAGGCGCAGAUCGCGUGUGGUCAGAGGCUGGUGUGGGCAGAUCCAUAA